CAGUGUACUCAGGAGUGUUCACACAGAUCUUUAAAGAGGUGAGAAGACUGUACCAGGUCGAGAAUAAGGUGUUCUGCUUCAUCCAUCUGAGUGUUCAGGAGUUUCUGGCUGCUCUUUAUGUCCAUCUGACCUUCAAAAACUCUGGAAUUAAUCUGCUGGAAGAACAACAAACAACAUCCUAUGAAUCUGGAAUGGAAGAAUAUGCAGAGACAGACUUAUACAUGACUGCUGUGGACAAGGCCUUAGAGAGUCCAAAUGGACAUCUGGACUUGUUCCUCCGCUUCCUUCUGGGUCUUUCUCUGCAGACCAAUCAGACUCUUCUAGAAGGUCUUCUGACACAGACAGGAAGUAGCUCACAGACCAAUCGGGAAACAGUCGAGUACAUCAAGGAGAAGCUCGAAGAUGAGGAUGAUAAACUGUCUACAGAGAAAAUAAUCACUCUGCUCCACUGUCUGAAUGAACUGAAUCAUCGUUCUCUAGUGGAGGAGAUCCAACAGUCCCUGAGAUCAGGAAGUCUCUCCACAGAUGAACUGUCUCCUGCUCAGUGGUCAAUUCUGGCCUUCAUCUUACUGUCAUCAGAAGAUGAUCUGGAUGUGUUUGACCUGCAGAAAUACUCUGCUUCAGAGGAGGCUCUUCUGAGGCUGCUGCCAGUGGUCAAAGUCUCCAACAAAGCUCUACUGAGCAGCUGUAACCUCUCAGAGAAAGGCUGUGAAGAUUUGUUGUCAUACCUCAGCUCCCAGUCCUGUAGUCUGAGAGAGCUGGACCUGAGUACCAACAGCCUGAAGGCUUCAGCAGUAAAGCAUCUGUCUACUGCAGUGCAGAGUCCGAAACUGAAAAUUCUGAGACUCAACAUCUGUGAACUCUCAGAGAAAAGCUGUGAAGCUCUGUCCUCACUUCUCAGCUCUCGGUCCGGUACUCUGACUGAGUUGGAGUUAGACCUGUGUAUCAACAACCUGCAGGUUUCAGGAGUGAAGCUUCUGUCUGCUAGACUACAAAGUUUAAACUAUAAACUGAAUACUCUGAGAUUGAGGAGCUGUGGUUUGUCAGAGAUCAGCUGUGAGUAUCUGGCAGCAGCUCUGAAGUCCAACCUCUCCCAUCUGAGACAGCUGGACCUGAGUAACUCUGACCUGCAGGAUUCAGGCCUGAAGCUUCUUUCUGCUGGACUAAAGAGCUGUGCACUGGAAACUCUCAGUCUGUCAGGCUGUCUGAUCACAGUGGAAGGCUGUACUUCUCUGGCCUCAGCUCUGAGCUCCAACCCCUCCCAUCUGAGAGAGCUGGACUUGAGCUACAACAAUCCAGGAGCUUUAGGAAUAAAGCUGCUGUCGGCUUGUUACGUCUCCUCGAGGGCAGGAGGGGAUAACACAACAACUCUGGAAACCCGGGUGGUGCCUGCUGGAAACAAAUGGAUGGAACCAGGUCUGAAGAAAUAUUACUGUCAACUCACAAUCGACACAAACACAGUAAACAGAAGACUCAAAGUGUCUGACAACAACAGGAAGGUGAUCUUUGUGAAUGAGCUUCAGUCAUAUCCUGAUCAUCCAGACCGAUUUGAUGAGUUUUGGUCUGUUCAGCUGCUGUGUGGAAAUGUUCUGACUGGUCGCUGUUACUGGGAGGUCGAGUGGAGAGGAGAAGUUGAGAUAUCAGUGAGUUACAGAAGGAAAAGAGGCAGUGGUGACUGUAGAUUUGGAGACAAUGAUCACUCCUGGAGUCUGAAAUGCUCUGAUCGUGGUCCUCAUUCUGUCAUACAUAAUAAUAAUGAAACAUCCAUCUCCUCCUCUGUCUCUAACAGAGUAGCAGUGUAUGUGGACUGUCCUGCUGGCACUCUGUCCUUCUACAGAGUCUCCCUGGACACUCUGAUCCACCUCCACACCUUCAAGACCACAUUCACUGAACCUCUUUAUCCUGGGUUUUAUGUCUAUUUCGAUGGUUCCUCAGUGUGUCUGUGCUCAGUUGAGCGUAUUACGCAUCCAUGAGACGUAAGACGAUUCGGCCUGUGCCAUUUCCGUCCUCCGUUUAUUUACUUUCUGGCUCUAUGAAAGGUUGCGGCAAAAUGUUGAGGAAAAGCACAGUUGUUUUUUUUUUUUUUAAAUGGACUGACAAUGAGGUAGAGUUGUGGCUACGAGUAACACAAGAGUACUAAGUUGCAAAUGUGAGCAAGAAUAUAGGCCACAAUGCCAACCACCAUUUUAGUUGAAUUGGUCACAUGACUGCAUCAUAUGAGUAAAAUGCGUCAUUGUUUUUGAAAUCCUCCUUUUUUGCUGUCCACAUUGCAACGUGAAAAUAGCGUUUUCUAAUCUAUCCACUUUGGAGAGCAUUCUCAAAAAGCUCAAUUUUCCUUGACCAAACAUGCAGUCUAAGUGUGGAUGGAAGGCCAAAACAGAGAGAAAAAGAUGUUUUCAAACGAAAAUGUAUUAGUGUGGACAUAACCUCAGUCUGUACAUGUCUGUCUCUUUCACUCAGAAUUGCGUUUUCAGAUUCAUGGAUUCAACUUUUCUUCUGACGAUGCUGUCUGUGUUGAGCGCACAUAUUACAGCUGCCAGACGUUUAGGGUAUGUCUCUACCAGCUUUGCACAUCUACAGACUGAAAUCCUUGCCCAUUCUUCUUUGCAAAACAGCUCCAUGCAAAAUGCUGUCCAUCUAAUCAGUCAGAUUAGAUGGACAGCGUUUGUGAACAGCAGUUUUCA